AUGAAGAUUCUUACGUGGAAUGUCAGGGGUCUUGCUGCCCCUGACAAAAAAUGCUUGGUCAAGAGAGCGAUUGACAAAUUGGCAAUUGAUAUAGUUUUGAUUCAAGAGACCAAGCUAUCUAACGUUAAGGCCCAAGAUUUCUCAAAAUUUUGUUUUGAGUGGAGUAGUUUUUUUCAAGCGGUUAAUGGGACAUCAAGGGGUCUAGGAAUUCUUUGGAAUCCAUUGUCUAUAUCAAUUUCUCCUAUUGCCUCCAAUUCUAAUUGGAUGAUAGUUCGGGUUUCCAGUAUGGGUAGGCAAGAGGAUUUUCCCUUGAUCAAUGUAUAUAUUCCUAUUAAAACGAGGGAGAAGGCGAGAGUUUGGGGAGAGAUCCUUGACGAUUUCAACAGGCUUAACCUAGACACAGUUAUAGUGGCCGGAGAUUUUAAUGCUAUACUAGAUAUAGAUGAUAAAUUGGGUGGUCUCAGGAAAAGUUCCAAAGUCAUGAUGGACUUCAGAGAUUUUAUCAUCUCUAUCAAAGUGUUUGAUGUGGUCCCAGAGAAUGGGUUGUUUACUUGGACAAAGGAGGAUCUAUUUAUCCAAGAUCUCUGA